UGAGAAAUAAUAUUCACGAGAGGCGAGAAGAGACGUGUUGUGUGUCGUAUUUAGAAAAUCGGUAGUGGAAUAGAGAAGAAAGAAAUUAUGGACAAAUUACUAUUAUCAUUGUAUUUCACAAUACUAUUAACAACAUUGACAGUUAAUUCAGCACCUAUGCCAAGUUCAAAAAUAAUAUCGACUAUUGAACAGCAGCAGCAAAUGCGACAGAAGAAAUACGGUCAUGUGAUAAAUAAUGACAAUAACAAUAACAAUAAUAAUAAUAGCAAUAAUGAAAAUGAUGAUUCAAUAAAAACUGAAAAUGCCGAAAGCAAUAGUCAAAUGCAGAAAGCCAAUAAAAAUGCCGACAGAAUGGCAGAAUAUAUGGGUGAUGAUGUUGAAGAUGUCGAUAAUGACGACGAUCGUAGACCUUCAAGUGUGUACGACAGACGAGACGAAAUAAUUGGUGAAAUGAGACAGCAUCGACAGAAUAAAAUGUUUGGAUAUUUUUCAUACAAUCCAUUUGCAUACACAGCUCCACCAUACACACAAUCACUCUACUAUCCACCAGAAUUUUUCGAUGAUUUCUCUUCCUACUAUGGAUUCAAUAAUGAUGAAGAAGAAAUCAUGUCACGACAAAAUCCAGGAAAUCGAAGACGUCCAGGAACAGGAAACUUUAAAAACUCACCAAUUUAUUACAUUAGAUUGCCUCCAACUCCAUACAUGUUUGUGCCUGGAUUAGGUUACAUUUCACAGCCACCAACUUACACUCCAAUGCCUCCACCACCACCAACAAUUAGCCCAUUCUAUAAUCUUCCACUUGAUUUCAUUUCAAAUGGAAAACCGACAAAUAUCUACCAAUGGGGAAGCCCAGCAGCUCAAUUUGCACAACAACCACAAUAUGUACCACAAGCACCAGCAUAUCAGCCAAGUUAUCAAAGACCACAACGACCUUAUCAGCGACCAAUGAACCCAUAUGUUCAAGAAUCAAAAGUAACAAAUCUCAAAGGUGCAUUCUUAUUUAAUGGUCGUCCCGAGGAAAUUUAUGUUCUGCCGCCAAGCUCAUAUAAUUCAAUUUAUCCCGAUCCACGAUUUGUUUCUCCAUAUUAUUAGAAGACAUUGAAAUGAUAAUAAAAGAAAGAAUCUGUAGAGAAAUAAAAAGAGAGAAAUGAACGAUAUAUUUGAUAUAUUUGUGUGCACAGUAUGUAAUAGUUAAUUAUAGAAAUUAGUGUAAUUGAUAUGUAAGUUUGUUUAAUUAAAAUUCUGGCGUGUUCAUAAAAAUUAAAAAAAGUAAAAAAAUGUGAAUGUGGAUAAAUUUAAGCGCAUUGUUGUAAUGAAUAUGAUAAAAAUAACUAUUUGAAGCUUAAUUAUGAAUAUUAAAUAAGCUUUAAAUUGUCAAUAAUUCUUAACAUUCAUGAAAUUUGAUUUUUAAUCCAAAUAUGCCCGAAUAACACAAGUCGGUUAAUUGAUCAGAAAUCUGGGACCAAGCCAGUAUGACUCUGGCGUGGUGCUAGUUUUAAAUUGAUGCCCGCACCAUGCCAGAACCAUACCUGCUUGGUGCUGGAUUUUUUAUUCGAUUAACCAACUUGUGCUAUUCGGGAUGGAAGCUCUAAUUUUGUUAUAAAAAUGCGCUUGAAAAAAAUGAAAUUAAUGUAUGAAUAUAGUAAGUUAUAAUGUUUUAGUGACACGAUAAAAAAAAAGAAAAUUAAAUGAUAUGAUGAUGAAAAGUCCUUGAACUGAUCACUAGCUAGUUUUAAAAAAAUAAUUAAGUAGUUUAACGAUUUUUGACAUAAAGCAUUUUUACUUUUAUGACUGGCAAUUUUGAUAAGCAUUUUUGUGUAGUGUUGCAUUUAUACCUUCAUUUGAAAUAAACAUAAAUUAAUCUUGAAAAUAUA